CAUGAAGUUGCAGAUUGCAGAAUAAUGAGGGAGAGGAGGGUAAGGAGGUGCUGGUGGGGCCCGGCAGAUGGCGGAGGCGAGCACAGAGCUGAGUCAAUCUCCAUCGGGGCAACAGGGCAGACACACUCGCUCCUUCUUUACCCUACUCGUCCUCCACAACACAUCCAGCCAAAAUGUCGUCCCGCAAGGCAGGAAAGAAGACCGUCAAGAAGCGUGCCCAGCGAGCCACCAGCAAUGUGUUCGCUAUGUUUGAUCAGGCUCAGAUCCAGGAGUUCAAGGAAGCCUUCAACAUGAUUGACCAAAACCGUGAUGGCUUCAUUGACAAGGAUGAUCUCCAUGACAUGUUGGCUUCCCUAGGCAAGAACCCUACUGAUGAUUACCUGGAAGGAAUGAUGAAUGAGGCACCAGGACCCAUCAACUUCACCAUGUUCCUUACUUUGUUUGGUGACCGUUUGCAGGGAACGGAUCCUGAAGAUGUCAUCAAGAAUGCUUUUGGCUGCUUUGACGAAACCAACCAAGGCUACAUCAAUGAGGAGUACCUGAGGGAGCUGUUGGUGUCCAUGGGCGACCGAUUCACUGAUGAAGAUGUUGAUGAGAUGUACCGCGAGGCCCCAAUCAAAAAUACCAUGUUCGACUAUGUGGAGUUCACUCGCAUCCUGAAGCACGGUGCCAAGGACCUGGAGGACCAGUGAGGUGUUGCUGCUGCCCCUCAGAACACCUUUGCAGCCUUCCAUCCACCUGUAGCUUUACCUCUACAGUCAUUAAUUAGCAUGAGUUUGGUUUUAGUCCAAAUGUUCCUUUAGCUAAUAUAAAUUUGAGAGCUUUGUAUUUUAUGUAUGCCUUAUAUACCUGCAACAUGUAUAGGGAAGAAUGGAAAAGUAUAUUGAUAUUUAUUAAUAGCAAUUAUUUAAAUGCAUCUGUUCUGAAAGUUUUUAGAAGUUACCUUUCAUGUUGUAUUUCAAAGUUCCAGUUACUUUAUGCUUUGUGAUGGCCAUAAUGUGAUAUCUAGAAGAAAUACUAUAACAAAUUUUUAUACAGAUUUCAGACCUUGUUUUAAAGUAUUGUACAGUGAAGUGCCUUCUGCUUCACUCUGUGCUUCCUUCACCCCAUCUCAAGACCCAGGCAGGGCUCUCUCUACUAGGUUUGCCAAAAGUUAUCAGGUUAUUUAUUCAAAUUAUACUGAAUUAUUUAUUAGCAUACUUCAUAGUGCCUUAGAAGUCAAUAGAAAGCAUUGUUUCCAGUUGAUAUAGACUCAGCCCUUUGCUACUAAAAGUUAAUAGUCAAAUUUAUUCAUUCCACUUGUUUCUUCCAUGCUUGAUUUUGUUUUGUGUACUUAAUCUUUGGCUUGAUUAUAAAUUGUGGAUAUUCAUUCCAGUCUAAGAGUUUAUACAUACCAAUUUUCAUAUUAUAAUGUUUCCUAAAUAAAUUGAAACCACA